UUGCAGCAAGGUAACAGCAGGUAUCCCCGUGUGGGCAGAGCUAACUAAUAUAAAUACCAACACAAGACAGCAUUGCCUGUGACACUGGGCAAAUAAGACCUUAGAGACAAUUUAAUUUGCAGAAGAGACUGGAGCAGAGAACAAAACUCUGAUUCUACAGCUGCACUUGCUGAACCCACCUUGCACUCCCCUCCUGCUGCAGGUGCAACUUAACUUGAUCGCCAUGGAUCCAUUCUCUGUACUUCUGUCUGUUGUCAUUUGUGUUUUACUCUUUAAAGUCUUCUAUGGUGGGAAUGGAGGACCCCAGAAUUUCCCCCCUGGACCCAAACCAUUACCUCUCAUUGGAAAUCUGCACAUAAUGAAUAUGAGUAAACUUCAUCUAACCUUUAUGGAGCUGGCUAAGACAUACGGCUCCGUAUUCAGCGUUCAGCUUGGCAUGCAGAAGACUGUUGUGCUUUGUGGCGCCGACACAGUGAGAGACGCUCUUAUCAACCACGCCGAGGAGUUUUCAGAGAGAGCCAGAAUUCCUGUUUUUGAAGAUGUUUCUAAGGGACAUGGUAUUGUUUUUGCUCAUGGAGAGAACUGGAAAGUGAUGAAAAGGUUCACUCUUUCUGCACUAAGAGACUUUGGGACAGGGAGGACGACAUUAGAAGACAAGAUCUGUGAAGAAAGUGAUUGUCUAGUGGAAACGUUUAAGUCCUUUAAUGGAAAGCCAUUUGAUAACACCUUGAUAUUGAAUUCUGCUGUAGCCAACAUCAUUGUGACCAUACUCCUUGGUGAUCGAUUUGAAUAUAAGGAUCCGACAAUGCUGAACCUUAUAAAAGCAGUGAAUCAAAAUAUGAGGAUUGGUGGUGGCUUUAUGGCUAGGCUGUAUAACAUAUAUCCAAAUAUUAUGAGAUGGAUCCCCGGCAGUCACAAAACUGUUUCUAAAAACAUAGCAAAAAUAUACAAGUUUCUUAAUGAGACAUUUACUGAUCACAGAAAGCAACUGGAUGUAAAUGACCAGAGGGAUCUCAUUGACGCAUUCCUUGUCAAGCAACAAGAGGAGAAACUUUCUUCUAAAAAGUUUUUUCACAACCAAAAUCUGACAGUCCUUGUAACCAAUUUAUUUGCCGCUGGAAUGGAGACGACUUCAACCACUCUUAGAUGGGGCCUCCUGUUAAUGAUGAAAUAUCCAGAAAUCCAGAAAAAAAUCCAAAAAGAAAUUGAACAAGUGAUUGGAUCAGCACAACCUCGUCUCGAGCACCGGAAACAAAUGCCGUAUACUGAUGCCGUUAUUCAUGAGAUUCAGAGAUUCGCAAACAUCGCACCUUUGAGCGUUCCCCAUGAGACAAGUCAGGAUGUCACAUUCAGGGGCUAUUUUAUUCCAAAGGGGACCCAUGUGAUCCCACUGCUAACAUCUGUUCUGCAAGAUAAAGCUUAUUUCAAAAAACCAGAAGAAUUUUUCCCGGAACAUUUCCUUGACUCAGAAGGGAAAUUUGUAAAAAAUGAGGCCUUCCUUCCCUUCUCAGCAGGCCGAAGAAGUUGUGUUGGAGAGACGUUGGCCAAAAUGGAACUCUUCUUGUUAUUCACAAAGUUACUGCAGAACUUCACAUUCCAGGCACCUCCUGGAGUUGAGGUUGACCUGACUACUGGAGUGGCCUUGACAUCCAUCCCUCUGGAACAUGAGAUUUGUGCUUUGCCUCGCAACUAGUACAUGUUCAUAAUAAUUAUAAAAUGAAGUUGCUAUGUUAAAAAAGGGACAUGGACAUUUCAAAUAAAGCAACAUUACAGGGUUCAACAAGCUUGUUCCUUGUUCUUGUGCUUGCACCAACCAUAUUGAAAAAAAUAAAGCACUUUUUUUUAUUUUCGAGAUGUUAAUUAACAAUUUUCUCUGUUUCAUAUCUGUAAAUAUUUCCUGAAAAUAUAGCCAACAAAUGACCAAUAUUUCAUGGAAUAAAAAAAAUUUCAAAUGAAA